CUUGAUGGUGAUUAUCCGAAGAACUUAUUCCUUGAUAUCGCAUGUUUCUUCAAUGGAAUGGAUGUGGAUGAUGCAGUUAGGAUACUGGAUGGGCUUGAUAAAGGUGCAAGAUUUGGGAUUGACAAUCUCAUCGAUAGAUGUCUUAUUGAAAUCAACGGUGAUCAAAGGUUGUGGAUGCAUCAACUAGUAAGAGAUAUGGGUAGGGAAAUUGCUCGUCAAGAAUCACCCAAAUGUCAAAGAAUAUGGCAUCAUGGGGAUGCUUUUACAGUUUUGAAAGGAACUACUGAUGCCGAAAAAUUGCGUGGCCUUGCCAUUGAUAUGCAUGCAUUAAUGGAAGAUCAUUAUGCAGAAGUUGUCUGUACUGAUUCAAUGGUUUGUCGCAAGCGCCGCAGGCUUAACUUCUUUCAACAAUGGCUUUCUGAUUUUUCUGAUGGGGGAAAAUUACAAACUAGCCAAACAAGUUUGUUUCCCAUCCUCAGCACGGAUACUUUUACAAAGAUGCCAGAUGUAAAAUUUCUCCAACUAAACUACACUAAUUUUCAUGGAAGUUUUGAGCACUUUCCCAAGAAUUUGAGAUGGUUAUGUUGGCAUGGAUUGUCUUGGAGCUCCAUACCAAAUCACAUAUGCUUGGAGAAGCUGGUGGUUCUUGAUCUAUCCAGAAGUUGUCUAGUUGAUGCUUGGAAGGGCAAACCGUUUCUUCCAAAAUUAAAAAUUCUUGAUCUCCGUCACUCUCGUGAUCUCAUUAGAACCCCAGACUUCUCGGGUCUCCCAGCCCUUGAAAAGCUAAUACUUGAAGACUGCAUUCGUUUGGUUCAAAUUCACGAAUCUAUUGGUGAUUUACAAAGAUUGUUGAUCUUAAAUGUAAGAAAUUGUACAAGUCUUAUGGAGCUUCCAGAAGAAAUGAGUAGAAUGAAUUCACUUCAAGAGCUGGUUUUAGAUGGUUGCUCAAAUCUUAACAGCCUGAAUAUGGAGUUAGAGCAUCAUCAGGGGCGCAAGUUGCUUCAAAGUGAUGGAAUUGUUGCAUCAUUCAUUACAUCUCUUCCACUGAAGCUAUUCUUUGCCUUUAGGUUUUCAACGAGGAAAAUGUUGAGAUUUACCUUGUUUUCACUGCCACGCUUCUUGGAGAGUCUAGAUUUAAGUGGAACUCCAAUUCGUUUUCUUCCAGAGAACAUCAAGGAUCUUGGUCUACUCAGAAACCUAUAUCUAAGAAAUUGCAAAAUGCUUCAGGCACUCCCAGAGCUUCCAUCCCAUUUGGAUUCGUUAGAUGUGUCCUUUUGCUAUUCACUGCAAAGAUUUUCAAAUCGAAUUAGUUGGACUGUAGGAGAUGGUUGUGAUCACUUAGCCGAGUUCCAAGAUCGGAUAAAGCAAGAAUUAAUCCAAUGGUUUAGUUUGUCUAUAGAGGCAACUUCUUUUUGA